UCUGGGGGUUGGGGUGAGGGGACAGGUGAUGGAGAGCCUCAGAGGGAAGCCAGCAAAGACACCGGCCAGCACAGGUUGCAAGCACAUCCCUGCCCGCCGACCCUCCCACGGGGCCACGUUCCCACACUUGGUGGGGCAGGAAGAUCCCCCCCCAGCCUGUGCCUGGCCCAUUUGGGUCAGGUGGCAAGCCCCAGCGGUCCAAUCUGCCCUAAAUAUCUGGGUGUCAUGCCCACAGAGCACCCCCAUGAAGGAGGCUAACCACCCUCCCAAGAGCUGGAGAAACACCAGGCAAACCCCAUGGCCAGUCAGGAGCCUGGUGAUGAGUCACUCUGCCCUGCGCUCUAGUGCUGUCCCUGGUGCUCCCCCCCCCAGUCCUGGGCCCAGCUGUACCCCACCCCCACAGGCCCCGCUGCUGCUGGGGUGCAGAAAUGGUCAGGGCUCCCCUCUCCCCUCCUCAAGCAGGGAGGCGCCAUCUUCCCUUCGUCCCUGCCAGGCAGGCUGGCACCAGGGGAGACGGGCUGGGCCAGAGCGCCCACAGGGCGGUGGUGCCCAGAUCAGGGGCCUAGAAUAACUUGGGCUCUCCCGGAUCCAGGCAGGGGGCCGACGGGAAGGCAGGGAGGUGGGGUCCCCGCUCUUCAGAGUGGGGAGGAAUCUGGCCCCAGCAGCCAAGCCCAGGAAGUGCCACACAGAGAUGCCUGCAGCCUGGUGGGGGCAGGGGACCCCUCUCCCCCUUUCCCUCUGUGGGGGCCCAAGGCCACAACCCCUGCCCCAUCCUGGAGGUCCCAAGGUCACAGCUGCGGGGGGGAUCGCCGACGCCCAGAAGACCUGUCCCCAGCCGGCACCAGCGCAUAAACAAGCGCCACCGCGGGACCCCCACCCCACCGCCGUCGCCGGGGGACCGAGCCCUGGGGCCCACCGAAGCCCGGCGCGAGCCGCACAGCCUCGCCCGGCGCGAGCCUCGCCCUUCUGCGCCCCCCCGCCCCCGCCGGCCCGGCCCCGGGAGAGAGGACCCGCUGCCGAAGGCUGGGGGCGGGGGCGGAGACCCGGAGGCCGAGCGUCCUUACCCAGAGCCGAGGUCUCAGCCAGAGGGACCGGCGGCGCCGGCGCGGGCGGUUUUAUCUCUCCGGGAGGGGGUCCACCUAUCGACGGAGCGCGCGCAGUGCACUGCGCCCUGCGGUACGGCAAUGCGGUACCGGCGGGGGAGGGGCGGGGCGGGGCGGGGGUGCGAGGGACGCAGGGGUGCGAGGGACGCAGGGAUGCGAGGGACGCAGGGAUGCGAGGGACGCAGGGAUGCGAGGGACGCAGGGAUACGGGCCCUGCGGGCGCGCGCGGGCGCCACAGGGACGCGAGGGAAGGUGCGGCGAGGGACCGAGCGGCAAAGGCGCGGACGCCAGGCGCACCGGAGGGAUGCAGGAUGUGCCCCAUCGACCCACAGCGGGGCUGCCUGCAGGGCCCUGGGAUCCUGGCCUCUCAGCCUCCGGGAUGCCCUCAAGCUCACUUGGACAGUGAGAGUGAAUGUGGUAUAACCCGGACGACACGCCAGCGGCGCGGAAAGAGCCCUAACCAGUACGUGGUCCUGGAGACUAAGAGCUACUGCCUGCUGCCUGGAGCUGGUUUUUAUCUAUUUAGGAAUCUCUACACCCAGUGUGGGGCUUGAACUCAAGACGCUGAAAUCAAGAGUCAUGCGUUCCAUGACGGAGCCAGGAUUUCUCUCCACCCUGGCUGGGUCCAAACGCCAAUGCUGCCCAACACGGCUUGUCUUCUGGUGUCUUGUUUCUGAUCCCAACCCAUGGUAGACAUAACCGUACUGUCCCCCAGGACCCAUGCCCUGGAAUCACCCCGUCCCCGCGAGUGCAGAAGGAAGCUGUGGCUGCCUCUUGCCAGCAGACUACGACGGACGGGAGCCACGACUCCCUGGAUCGGCGUCCGUUAUUUAAGACCAUGUCUUGGCAGACAGACCGAAGCGAGGGAAUCUCCUACCAGCCUUGAAGACGUGAGCUCCCAGGAUGUGGGAACGCCAGUGCAGGGCCAACGUCAGGAGACGCUGGGCAGCCCCCGAGAGUUGAAAGUGACCUCCAGCUGUCCAUCACGCAAAGCAGGGACCUGAGUCCUACAGCCCUGGGAUCUUAGAAGAGGAACUGAAGCCUCGGGGAAACCGACAGCCCCUUCUGAACCCUGAGCAGAGGCCCCAGAGUCGUUACUGUGAAUGCGUGCUGGGUUUGGCCAAACUUCCUUCGCCGUCCUUUGAUACGAGUGCCCACAACCACCUGCGGGCUCACCGUGACGAGAGCUGCCGGAAAGCCUUCACCCGCUCUGCCAGCAUCCGGACAGUUCAGCACCGUGUUUGCUGUGCGUCUCCGCAGCGUUGAGCUUUUCCUGUGCUUUUACGCCAAGUGAUUUUGGAUUUUAUCCUGAAGUUCAGUAUUUGUGAUGAAUAAACUCUUUUCAGCUUGC